CAGCAAAAUACAGACUCUAUCUAUCCAUCUGUCUAUACAUAUAUGUAUUUGUAUAUAUAAGCUAAAGAAUAUAUACCAUAAGCCAUGCUCAAAUCUGGUGGAACAAUGAAAUCAUCACAUCAAUCCUUAACGUUGGCAUCAGCAUCGUCGUCGUCAUUGUCAUCGUUGCCUGCAUCGGCAUCUGCUUCCGCUCCCGCUCCCGCAUCAAUUAUGUCUAAACGUAGUGAUCGUUUACUGCCUAUUCAUCCGAAUAAUUUGAAUAAAGUGAUACGUGGUGAGUGGGAGGCGAUUUCACAAUGGCUGUGUGAUGUCCUAUCGUCUGGUGAUGUCCUGUGUGAAGUUAGUCCAGUAUUCAGUUCAAUUCAAAGAUUUAUCGACGUGUUUGGAAUGCGUCUAUCUAAAGCACAUCGAGUGGCGUUAAUUCGUUUAGUUGUAGCGUAUAUAUGCUGUCCAAAUAUUGACACGCAAGUUAGUAACAAUGCAAUGGAGCUAUUAAAGAAACUGAUGAGUAAACCAUACUCUUUACCAUCAUCUGCUAUGUCUAUUGACUGGAAAAUGUUUUAUGACAUUUGUAAAUGGGUUGAAGAAAAGUUGGAAACAUCCUAUCAACUUGUUAAAUGGCCUAAGUCAAGAAUAGAUAAACUAUGUCAUUCUAUCGCUUUAUGUUCAAAAUUCUUUCCAAAGACGUCAAUUGAAGAAAUAUGGUUAACACUUCGUCCCAGCAUUUGUAGUGAUUUGAUUACUGGGUCGCCUUGUAUGCAAUUGAAUAAAUUCUUGAUUUUUACACCAUUCUAUCCGAAAUAUUUUGAUGAGAUUAGUCGUGUCUGGUUACCAGACAUAUUUGAUAUAUGGUAUAUGCAACCGAGUCGUAGGUCGCAUAGUGAAAUUAUUGUAAUAUUAUGCAAAGUUUCACGUAUUGGUCGUGGUCGUAUCGAUUGGGAACCGCAUAUGGAGCGUAUAUUCACUUCAGUGUUUAGAAGCAUUACGCUUAGAAAUACACCAUUGUCAUCUGGUGAAUUAAUGAACACUGAUGAAAUACAGUUGUAUGCAGAAUUAAUUAUGAAUACUAUUGGUCCAGAUAGACCAGAGUGUCAAUCCACUGGGAUUUAUCGUUUAGAACAGUUAUUAAAGUCUCUUGAAUCCUUCUAUCAUCCAUCAUCGAAUCAAAUUGAUUCAGCAAAAUUGUUGGCAUGGUUUAUAUGGAAAUUUACACGUUGUUUAAUUAGUCGUUUACGUGAUGAAUUAUUCCCUCCAGUUGAAGCAUUAGACUUAGGCUAUACACCACCAGAAUUCUAUCUUUCAGUGGAACAAAUUGAUCAAAUUGUCAAUCUAUUCACACCAAUUUGUUUAAAUUAUCUUCUCUAUUCAAAAUCAAUUACAAUUGUUAAUAUAGUUGUAAAAAUUAUUCCACUAUUGUGUAAAUUACGACCAAGUCUAGUUCUACCGAAUCUUCUCAAUGACCUGGAAUAUGGUUUAAGCCGGCCAGAAAUGCCAUUACGUUUCACUCGACCGCUAUAUGCUUUAAUCUGGUCUAUCCAAUCGUUAAUCUAUGUUAAAUUUCCAUUAUAUCCACGUGGAUCAUUCACUGCUUAUCUUGUUGGUGAAGGUGAUCCAGACAGUGGUGCUGGUGGAGAUCUAGAUGACGGUGGUUUAGAUGAUGAUGUUGUCGAUGACGAGAUGGAAGAUGGUGAUGUUGGCGUUGGCGGUGGCGGUAAAGAUGACAGUGGAGAUGAAUCAGUUGAAGAAGAAGAAGAUCUACUGUCGUCUGAUGCUGAUGAUGAAUUCGCUGAUAAAGUGAAACGUAAUAGAUCACCAGAGAAUAGAAAUCCAAUCAGAGAUUAUGAUCGACAUGAAGUGAAGAAGAGGCUAUUUCAGAAGGCUUCAUAUAAACCAGCCUAUGAACAUGUCUCCCCGUUAGUACGUCAUGGUCAUUUGAAAGCCUUCACUUAUCUAGCUGGUCGAGCUGAAUUGAAUCGUGUACUACAAAUCCUCUUGCAUGGUUUAGAUAUGAAUUUUCCAGAUCGUUUCAAUUAUUCUAUCUCAUGUUUAAGCCGUAUAUUUCUUUCUGCGCCAAUAUUAAAUUUCUCAAAUGAUCGCAUCUCAAAUUCAAUGAAUCCAAUUACGCAGAAAAUAAUCAGCGAGUCAACCGAUCUACAAGAUACAGUGUAUACAAUCUACGAGCGUAUAUUAGGCUAUUUAUCAACCUUGAAUCAAAGCAUAUAUACCGAUGUACAAACUGUAUCCAGUUCACAAUUGACUACAACUAUCUAUCGACCGCAUACCAAACCAAUGGGUAAUUCACGUUCCCCAAUCGAUAUACGUCAUCUGACUGGAUUAACUGGCCUGUGUAUAUCGCUGGCCAUAUCAUCAGCAUCAAAUCCCCAAUUUCGAUGUCGUUUAAUUCAACACUUAACUAGUACAAUAUUCACAUAUCAAUGGCAACCGGAUACAGCUAGAUUACUUGGUUAUCAAGCUUAUUGGUUGGCUGUUGAUUCAUCUUGUACUAGUCUAAGCGGCGGGAAUAGCACCAAUGGUGAUUGUUGUGGUGAUGAUGGUGAUAAUGUACGUUGUUCAACCAAUAAAGAUACUGUCAGUACGUCACUUUAUGCUGUGAAAUUGAUAUGGCCAAAAUUUAUGGCUAUUGUAAAAGAAAUUGAAAAUGAUAACUCAUUUAUUCAUCAUUAUCGACCAGAGCCUCGAUUACUCGCCCUGUUAUACAUUCUACCAGGUUAUAUAUGUGCUUUACCAGCUGAAAGCUUAGUUGAUCCAGAAAUCUAUGCGGAGUUUAUUCAACCGCUUCUCAUAAUCCUUGGUAAACUUCUCUACCUGUCAACUGGAUGUUGUGUUAAACCUCAGUGGAAGGAAUUAUUCCCUGGUGGUGUUGAUGAUGCCAUAGCCUCAUCUAUUGAUUUUAAUAACAAUAAUAAUGGUGAUGAUGGUAAAAGUACAAUGACAAGUGCAUGUCCUGCAUUAGCUGAAGCCUGUGGAGGUUUUCUAGGCAUGUUAAUGCAUCGUUUAAUCUGUUAUAGUAUUGAUUUUCGACGAUUUAAUCUACUGGGAAAUAAUGUCGGUGUUAAAGAUGAUGAUGAAGGUGAAACUGAUAAAAAUGAUGUAACCAAGCUGAAUAGUCACCAUCGUGAUGAAGCCUAUGCACAAUCCUCAUGGUGGACACCAUUUGUCCAUCUGAAAUCAAUCGUCAACUACUGUUACAAUAAUAAGGGGAGUAAUAAUAAACGACGUCAGUAUAGUUUUUGGUUUAUACCCACAAUAAUGACUAAAUCGUUAGGUCAACAACUUAUUAAAACAUUUUUAUAUCCAAUUAUGCAAGAAUUAGGUGAAACUUGUGAACGUUUAAAGAUUCUACUACAGAAUCAUUGUACUAACCUCGACGAGAAUGCUGCCACGAUGACAACCGCUGUCAAACAGAAUAAUAUUUCAGGAAAAAGUUAUGCUGAACAACAAAAUGAAUUUACAUCGUUGACAAUUUUAAUGAAUCAUAUUACAAAUGGACUGGCUGAUGCUUUAGCUCCUCGUAAACAAGAAAUUCCUGCGGAUAAGAAUAACACAACGGUUAUUGGGAAUGAUAUUAUCCCUUGGCAUGGAUUAAAAAGUCUAAUCGAUACGCUAAAUGAUACCUGUCAUAUAUUACCAAGUGAAGAUUUAAAAUCUUCUGUAUCCGAUUGGGAUAUUACUUAUUUUUAUAUGAAUAAUGACGACCACCAACAGCAGCAGGAGAAUGUCAAUGAAGUGUCAAUGGAGUUACGUGAUUCAAUGUUCAAACUUGGUUUACAAUUGUUAGAUGUAAUGUCAAAGUUAAUUGAACAAGCUGAUGACAAUUUAAUGGACAAUAAUAGUAAUAGUAAUGGUAAUAAUAAUGGUAAUAAUGACAGUUUGAUUAGUGAUAUACAAGAGAAUAAUGAUGAUGGUUCAAUGGAGAAAAUAAAUCAUUAUUCUGAUACUGGUCCAAAAUCAAUUUGGUUAUUAAUUCAUCCAGUACAAAUUGUUAAUCUAUUAGAGAUAACUCAUCGUGCUGCAAUAAAUAUUCCCAUGGAUGAAAUUAGACCACAUUUAUUACAAAUUGUACGUGGUCCACGUGGUUUGCUGUCGCCUGAUUUAGGAGCACGUAACUGUUUACAUCCAUUAAGUCAACAAGCAUCACGUGAAACUGGCAGCUGCGGCAGCAACGCCUGCAACAACAGCACUAAUAUUAUAGAUAAAUUAAUCCCAAGUAUUAACAGUUUAAAUGGUGUUUAUUGUACCACAGUUGCAGAGAAACAUGAAUCUGGGGAAGAAAUAAAAACAUUUUCUGGUUCUUCAUUAAUCACUUAUGCAGCACGUAUCCAUGAACAUUUUCGAAUAUUUUUAAUCCAUCAUUUACAUAAACAAUUAAUGUUGAAUGCUAAAAGUGUUGAUGAUAAUCAGUUUAUAUGCCGGUCAAUUGCUUGUUCUAAUAUUCUGCUACCAUCCCCUAUGAUGAGACAAUUUGCUGAAAUAUUAACACGUCUAGCAAUAUCACCACGUCGAUCAGAUAUUAGACUACUUGCUACAUCUUUAUUAAAUGCAUAUUUAAUUAGAAAAUGUCCAUCUAUCGGUAGUCAACUAUUGAAAUCAAUGAUCCAGCGUUUAGACAAUAUAAUCCCUGAUAUCAAUGCCUCAAUAUCUUCGUCUAGUGCAUCGUUAAUCUCUUCAGCAUCAUGUUCUUCAUCGUCUUCAUCUUUAUCCACCUUGAAUAUAAAUACAAAUAUGUCUGCACAUGCACAACAUAUUUCAUCGUUACUCGCUUCUUCCCUUGAAACAAAACAAAAGUUAAUACACUUUCGACGUAUGUCUACUAUUAUGCUCUGUAAACGUGUCUAUUGUCGUCAGCAUACAGAUCGUGAAUAUGAUGAAUUCUUUCGUUUAGAUCCUUAUUUAUUUGUUGAAUUCUGUCUUUGCCUUAUUCAACAAUUAAUGAAUUAUGAAAAAGAAAAUUCUAUGUGGUUUAAUGAUUUCCACCCGGUUGUGAAUGCUAUUCAUCAUGAACUCGACGAUGAUGACGAUCAGAUUGAUGACAAUUCACCUUAUCGUGAGGAGAAUAUUAGACAAAAAUCAAAAGACCGCCAUAACCAACAACAACGACAACAACAACAAAAACGUCAAUUAAAACAACUUCAAACAAAUCAUGAUCAAUUGGAACAUUUAAUCAAUCAAAUAUUACGUUCAUUUAAACACUUUCCAAUUGAUGUAAUGCUACAUUUCCCAACAAAGGAUAAACUUCCACCAAAUAGUUGGUUAUCUAAAAUUUUUAUUGAAAUUGAUUAUUGUUUAAAUCAUGUAUUUCAAUAUAAUAAUAAUAAUAGUAGUAAUUAUUCAACAUGUAACGCUACCACCAUUGAAACAUUGAACACGCCAAAUCAACUCAUCAAUAAAGUUAUUGAAAAACGUAUUCAAGCUGUCACGUUAUAUACACAAAAAAUUUCUGAAUAUAUUGUUAAAAUAUGUUCAAAUUUUUGUAAAGAUUCACACGAUACUACUACUACUAAUACUACUGAUGAUGAUAUGAAUUCUGCUAGUAGUAGUAGUUGGAUGUUUAUAACCACCCUAUUGCAAAUUUUACAUUUCCCGCUUAAUACACCCUUAUCACCACCAUGGAAAUCAAGCAUUGAUUGUCUUACUGCACCGGUGAUAUCUCCGCCAUCUUUAAAAUGUAUUCAUACUCUAUUCGAAUUAAUGAAAUGUCAGCAAACUGAAGUAGCAUUUAGUGCAUGUCGGUGUAUUGCAGAGUUGAAUUUCACCUUGGUCGGAUAUUAUCGUAAAUCAUUAAUGAAGUGUAUUUAUCCAGUGGAAAUAUGUAAAGAAAAAUCAGGUGGAGAGGAAAAUCGUGGAGAAAGUCUACCUAUUAUUGCUGGUCCACGUCCUGAUAAUAAAUUUCUUCUGUUUAAUGAAAAUGCUAAAGUAUUGCAGUCGAAUGAUGCUUAUAGAAAACAUCAUCAUAUUGGAUCAUUACAUUGUGGUUUUGUUUACUAUCCACCUGAAGUGUAUAUCCCUGAUCCUGAUUACGUAAUACCCUAUCCAGUGUUCAAUAAUGAAAAGGAUAUGACCUUUGAUUAUAUCAUUAGUCAACAAGCUUGGUUAUCACAUUUCACUGCAAAUGAUUCACAAAAUACCUUAAGACAACAAUGUGCUUGUCUAUUAGCCUCCAAAUUAUCUAAUCAAUACAAUUGUGAAACACGUGAAUUUUGGAUUAAAUUAGCUAAGAAUUUAUUAUAUAUGCAUAGAGCAUAUCUUGGUAAAUCAGGUUGUUCUAAUUCAAUACGCUUUUUAAUCUUUACCUGCUUACUUGCUUAUGGUCCAGAGAAUAUGUUAAAGCAUAUAGAGUAUUUUAUAAAAACGCUGUUAGUUACUUUACCAAAUUCAAAAAAUUUACCUCUGGAUGGAAAAGCUGAAUUCAUUGGUUUCUAUUGGAUACGUGCUAUUCUAAGUGUAUUGAUAAUUGUCAGUGAAACAUGGUCACGUGAAUGGAAAUAUUAUUUUUGGCGUUGGAUGAUUCCACGUAUAUUAUGCUGGUCAGAGAUAUGCGCUUUAAAAGUAUCCGUAAAUGAUUUAGCUCAAUCAAUUGAUGAAAAAUUACAUCCAACAUUAACACAUGUCCAGUGGUCUGUAUCAUUUUAUGCUGGUAAAUUUGCUGGCGGCAGAGAUGAGGAUGAUGAUGAUGGUGAUGGGGGUGAUCAUCCUGUGUUGGACAGUAAUAAUCAACAUCACAGUACUACAGAGAAACCGUCAUCAGUAAAUAAUAAUAACAAUAAUAAUAAUAAUAAUAACUGUGUUAGUCAAUCGGCAGCUGGUGGUCCAUAUCAUCGUAUUAGUUUUAUGUACGCCCAUGUUAUACAUGAGGCUGUUAUUGAAUCAGAACAAGAUGUUCAUUGUUUACAUCCAUUAUGGGAUUGGGCUAUACAGGGCUUACUUGAAUGCUGUAGUCAUAGCAACACCAACAAGAAGAACAACAAUAAUAAUCCAUUGAGUCAAAUGAAGUUAUCAUCAUCUUGUCAGCAUAUGAAAGAUAUAUCUGAUGCUGAUGAUAGUAUGCCAUCUAUUGUUGGCGAUGAUGAUGACGACGACAGUGAUACAUGCCCAUCUUGUCUACUUAAUCAAUACUUACCAUUACAACAUCGUCGUGUAUUCUAUGAAAGACUAUGCUAUGUAUUUACAAUAUUAAUGGGUUGGAUUGGUAUACCAUUACAUGAAAAGUUAAUCUCCUUGUUACAAGCAACAACACAACAUCAACAAAACUCUUCGUCAUUAUCAUCGCCGGUGAAUGGAUCUGCCUUGUUGCCAUAUUCAUCAGAUCAGAGGCAACAGCAGCAACAGUCACAGAAGCAGAAGUCCCCUAUCAACUGUUGGUGGUAUUCUCAAGCGUGUAAUAACGCCUUAUGGAUAAGAGAUUUAGCCGGUCUUAUAGCUUCUUAUCAUGUCUCGUGUAUAUUCAAUAUACAUUUUCAUGAAGAAAAGAAUCGCUUAAGCAUAAUUACAUACAACCCUCAUCGUCAUAACAAUAGUGAUAAUAAUAAAACAGAGAGAAGUCAGCUAGUAUGCUUAACAAAACAACUGUCAACAAAUAUUAUACAAAAUUAUGAAGUAUUUAAUAAAAGUUUAUUUAAUUAUGCAAAAGAUAAUUAUGAUAAAUUUACUGGUGGAGAAUUUUUAGUUAAAGUGGUUGCCAUCUGUGACUAUUCCCUUGGGUUCUGAUAUGAAACAGCCUAAAGUAGUAAUCAUCUUGUGAUAAGAUGACUGCAAAAUUUGAUCUCUUUAUUACUUUGGUCCUGGACGAAUCGCCAACCGGUCAGAGCAGUCUAUUUUCCACUGCCAUAGGCAAAUUUUGGUGUGAUUAGAAAUGUAUAAAUAUGAUGUGUGUUUUUUUCCUACGAAAGUCUUAUCCCACCAGUUACAUGCCAGUCUUCGUCCUUUGACAUUUACGUGGCUCAGUUAACCGGGAAAGUGCUAAGGAAUGAAUAACCGUAUCUAGCGUAUCAGUUGCGAAUGGGUUUUUAAAAGGUUCUUAGCC